GACGCCAACCAUGUCUACCUCAAGCCGGCCCCCGACGCCGUCCGCGGCAUGUGCCCGACCUUGAACACCAUGGCCAACCAUGGUUUCAUCUCCCGUGACGGCAUUACCACCUUCGCCGAGGCCGCCAACGCGUGCCAAAUCACCCUCGGAUUCGGCUACGACACUUGUGUCUUCUUGUCUGCCCUCGGCUUGCUCUCCGGUGGUGACUUGCCGUCCGGGAAGUACUCCAUCGGCGGCGCCGACUCUCGUGUUCCCAACACUCUCGGCCAAUCUCUCGGAAUCAGCCGGCACGGCUUCUUCGAGGUGGACAACUCCAUCUCCCGUAUCGACUACGCCCUCGGCAACCAGGCCAACUUCAACCUUCCCCGCUUCCAACGCGUACAGAAGAUCGCCAAGAAGUACAACGGUCUCUUC